AUGAAUAAAUUUUUUUUUAACACCCUAAAUUCAUCCCUUUUUCAAAACUUUAAAUUUAAAAGCUCAUUUCUGAGCACGGGGUAUUUCGCUGCGAAUAGAAACAUCUCGACAAGAAUUAGUGGCACUUCUUUUUGCAAUGAACUAAAUAAGCCCAAUAGCUUUUUCAAGUAUUAUCACACAUCUCCAUUCAUCAAUAAAACAGUUAAUACUGCCAAUUACAAUGCUCUCCUUCAGAAGGACGAACGAAGUUGUGUUAACCAGAAGCUAGGAGUUAGACAUGAUAGUGGAAUAGCAAGUUUGUCUGCAGCAAUUGCUCUGAUGUCCGUCGGUGGGGUUGCACAAGGUAUCGGAAAUUUGUUUUCAGCCUUAGUGUUAGGAACUAGUAGGAACCCGUCAAUAAAGGAUGAAUUAUUUACGUAUACUUUGAUUGGAAUGGGGUUUUUGGAAUUCUUGGGUAUUAUUUGUGUCCUCAUGAGCGCUGUUUUGCUAUACUCAUAA